AUGGCAGGAAAUCGCACUCAAACAAAUGGAGUUCUGGCAAUCACACCGGCACAAGCAUCUGGAAAUGGAGCUAGACCAGUGCCAAUUAAGCCGAUGCCUGUCAAGCUGAAGACUGUAGUCAGAAGGCUGGCACCAGGCCUCACAGAGGACGAAUUUACUUCAGUUUUGGGAGAAGAAUGGAAAGCAGGACAGGGAAAGGUAGACUGGUUUCUCUACAAGCCAGGCAAAGAGUCAAAGGACGCAUCCAAGCCAUCGAAACCUUCACGGGCCUAUUUCCAUCUCACGAGCGAAACACACCUCCUAAGCCUCUCCGAUCACGUUCGACAAUCUAACUUCGAAGAUGCGCUCAAUACCUUCAACAGUGCUUGUCUUAUUGGGCCGCCAACUGUCGAGUUUGCACCUUACGGCCGUACACCAGCAGGUAGACGCCGUGUUGAUGCUCGUGCUGGUACAAUCGACCAAGACCCUGAAUUCAUGGCUUUCCUCGAGCAAUUGGCAAAUCCGACAACAGGGAAGGAGGCCAAUGGUGAUUCUCAGUUUGAUCUUGGAACUGCGAAGCAAGAGAAGGUUACCAUGACUCCCCUGGUCCAGGCGCUCAAGGACAAGAAGGCGAUCAAGAACAAGGAUCUGGCGGCAAAGGCAGCCAAAAAGCAAGAGGCUAACACCGCAAAGGGCAAACCUGUGAAGGAGUCGUCGGCCACCGAAGAUAAAAAGAAAGGCAAAGAUGUCAAGACGGACAGACUAGUUGAAAAGGCUGCCAAGGAGGCUGUCAAGAUUCUGAACAGGGAGACCGCUUCAAAGUCUUCUACAGCGCUGAAAUCCAGCACGGGAUCGAGUGCAUCCGGGUCAUCCUCUCCAAAGCCUGAUAGUGGUAAAGCACCAGGUCGACAACGACAAACUGUAGCAGCAGCCCAUAUUCGCAUGCUGCAGCGGGACCUUGGUCUGAGCCCAGCUCAAGCUCAUCGCCAAAUCAGACGAGACACGGCAGAUGCGCAAAAGGCUGAAAGAGCUGCAGCCAUAGAUAAAUCCAAGGAGAACAAGGACUCGAAUGCUUCUCCACGCCCGCAACAUACUCAAACCGCCCCCACUCCCCCCACUGCCCCCAAGUCUACUAUGAAUCAAGCAAAUGACCGAAAAGGACGUGGUAGGGGACCUUCAGAUAACAAUUCUGCCAAAUCAACCACAGCCAACAAUCCUCCCACUCCCAUGGUUUUGUUGAAGAAGCCUGAAGCUCAGCCUUCUCCUGCUUCCAGCUCAAAAACUCAAACUGUGAAGUCUGCACCUGCUGCUGUAGCUCGGAGACCUCCGCAAAUGGCCGCCCCGUCAGAUGGUGCUACACAAGCUUUCGUCAAGCAUGCUAACCCAUCUCAGGGGGUCACCGAAGCAUUGUUGAAGGAAGCAAUGGAGAGGUUUGGAGCAGUCAAGACUGUAGAGAUUGAUAGAAGGAAGGGGUUCGCAUAUGUUGACUUUGUUGAUACCGAUGGCCUGAAAAAGGCUAUGGCAGCAAACCCUAUCACUGUAGCCCAAGGUACCGUCCAGGUGAUGCAGCGAAAAGGUACAGCUCUGCCUCCGGAGAAGAAGCCUGCCAAUCCAGCUCCGAACGCUCCGAAUGCUCCUUCGUCCUCAAGAGGAGGCGGUCGUGGAAGUAGAGGUGGGGCCCCGGGGAGACGUGGUGGCCGAGCGGGUGGAAGAGGUGGUGGUGGUGGUGGUGGUGGUGGUGGUGGUGCAUCUUCAGCACCAUCCUCAGCACCUACCGGACCAGCGAAGUAA